CGUUAGUUUGUGGUAACUUCGGAUCCGAGGAUACACCGGUUCCUCCCGGUCCAAUUGUGACCUGCCCAGUUCUCCUGAAAAGACGAAACAUAGCGACUUCGUUACGCUAGGGUGUCCUUGAGCUGAUGCCACUCACUUCCGAAUCAUUGACGGUGGCAGGUUAACAAUAGUCCACUUGUUGACCAGUCUUGAAUGUCGCGCAUCUGGGACCAAUGUUUGUAAACGAACCCGUUUUACGGCUCUUUGCUAGUUGUGCUCCCACCCUUGAUCAUAUCUUACCAGACAUCUUUGAUUCGAAUCGUUCCUCUCACAUCCGAUCAUGAUGCGGCUGAUAUCUUGGAAAGGUAAAUCAGCAUUUGCGCAAGAAACUGAACGUGGUGCUGAUAUUCCUUAUUCCUCGUGGUUGUUUUCGUUGGCUGGGUUGCUAUCAAAUCUGCCUUGUCUGUGCAACUCAACGGGUUUAGGAUCAAUUGCUGCCUGGAAUUGUUAUUCUCGGUCUCUUUGGACUUGCAGACGACCCAAUCUUUCCAGUAUUAUGCGAGCAUCAAUUCUAAGUUCCGGUCCAUAUCUGAAAAUACUGCAGGAGGCGCCAGGUUUGGCCGGGACACUUUCGCCCUAUCAUGCCCACCGCCUCAAUUCGAUCGGACGCUUGAGCUGUAUAGUACCUCUUUGGAGUCUCAGAAUAAAAACGCACGGGGCCAGAAGGCUGGCGCGGAUCGACGCCUUCGAGGCAGCUGCUCAAGGGAAUACGAACAAGAAAAAAAGCCGAAGAGGUAUGAUGCCUGCUGAGUACCAGCCACGGAGGCCGCUUCUUUGAAUGAGCCGACCCGGAUAGGACGGUCGUUAUACUUGAUUGGGUAAGACUGGCGUUGGUGACGUUGAGGAGAGAGGCGUGCAAGAAGCCCAUUUGGCGAGACGGGUAUGUUGAAUCCCGUGGGGAACCGGCUCUUCCAGUGAAUGGUCAGCGCCAGCUCAG